GAAAAAUGCUGAUAGUCUAACAUCGUGCAAAUUAAAAUGAAGUUGUUCGUUUUGUCUUUGUUUUUAACCUGCGCUUUAUGUGCUGUGGUGCCACAAAAUGACGAACUGGAUCUGGGAAACAGAAAAUCAGAAAGCCCAGAGGAAGCGUUGGAUCAAAGCAGGAAAGCAGAACGACAGGAAGUUGAUCCUGCUGGCGAUGUCGGUAAACCAGACGGAAUCCCUGAUAGUGAAAUGCACGAUGUACUGGACUUGAGCGACACUGAGACAGUCAGCGUAGGAUUGGAGGCACAAAGCACUGGGGACCUUUCUUCCUCUCAACUAAGAAAAAGAGAAAUUAGUCCAAUGGUUACAAUGGGAGCUCCCAUGCUCGGUUCACGAUUUGGCGGUGAUGACAAUGACAACGAUAAUGAAUCAGAACCAAGAUAUCUUCACACUUUAGCCGCCAUCAAACCAGGAAAACAUUUGGAUUUGAUUUGUAGACUUUUGGGAAUCAAGGAAAAAGAUGAUAUUGAAAAAGUUUUGCUUCUUGCCAAGAGCAAAACAAAAAUCCCACCAAUACUCGUCACCACCGAAAAUAUCGGAGAUGAAGAAAAUAGAUUGAUUGAUGCUAUGAACAAGGCUUUGGAUGAUGCUGCAGAAGCCAAGAAGAAAUUAAACCCGAAUGAAAUUGAUAACGUUGUUGAAGAAUUCUUAGACAAGAUGAGAGCCGAACAACAACAGCAAACCCAACAACAAUCACCAAUGAUGGAAUCUCGUUUAGGAGCCGAAGAGCCAGAAGAAUUAGAAAAUAUCGAACCAGAACCUGAAGCUAAACCCAAAAAAUCGCUCGUAGAAACCAUCAAAGAAAGACUUAGUUCAAGAAUGCCAAAUCUCAAACUCAACAAAUUUCAAAAAACUGAAACUCCACAGUUCGUUGACGGCCCAAUUGUACAACCCCAAGCAACCUUAGAUUAUGAUGAUAACGAUAAUGACCAAGAUGUUGGGGGUCCACGAACUAUAGAAAGGAAUAAUUUUAACAUAAAUAACCCUGAACAAGCUUUACAAAAUCUAAAGGAUCAGGUAUCAAGCGCCCAGAACAAUCAGGACUUGGAAACAGCAAAAUCCCUUUUGGAAAGAAUCCAAAAAAUGGUAAGUGAAAUCGAAAGCAACAGGGAAUCAGAAGAAACUAAGAGAAAAUUAAGCCUCAUAGAAGAUACCUUAAAAUCCCCAAACAACGAGGAAGUAGGAGCUGCCCCAGAAAUGGACAAUCGCGUAGGUGAAGCACCAAUCGAAGCUCAACCUGAAGUACCAAAUGUACCUACAGCAAUGGAAGAACCAAAUCGUGUUAAAAUAGCCGUGCAAGAGUUGAAAAAAUUCCCUCAAGCUGUUAUUGACACCGCUCAAAAAGCCUUGCACUCCGUAGAUGAAAAUAACUUGGGUCAGCUUAUGUCUCCAUCUAAAACAUUAUCUGAUGCUGCCAAUUUAGCUCAAAAACCUACUUUGGCUUCCAGAUUAGCUAGCAAUAAAAUCGCUCAACCCACUUUUGUAAAACCUGAAACUAUUGUUGGUGCCGCCCAACAGAAACCACUAUCUUUACUGGGUUCUAGAUUUGCAAAACCUAGUUUAGGAACAAUGCAAAAACCAGGUUUAUUGGGGUCCAUUAUUAAACCAGUUUUGGGAAAAACAAAUGAGGCAAAGAACCAACCAAUUCUGGGCGCAAGAAUGAGCGAAACCAGUGACAAAAACGCCAUUGAAUCUGGAAAGAAACCUGAUUUAUUCGAAAAUUUAAAAACCAAACUUAAGAGUGCUAAACCUGCUAUUGAGCUAAAGAAACCAAUAUUUUCUAAAGCAGUCUCUUCUGCAGAAAAACCAACCACUACAAGUGAAACAAGUGGUUCAGAUAUCCUUCAAAUGAUAAAGAAAAACACCGAUGAAGCCAUUCAGAAACAAGCUGAGAUUUUGAAGAAAACUCAUGAGGAAAACAUGCAGAAACAAGCUGAUUUAAUGAAGAAGCACGAGGAAAGUCGUCAGAAUAUAUUGAAGAGUAUUAAGGAAAAAAUAUCGACUUUACCUGACCUUACCAAACCUAAAUCCAUGAAUCAAAUUAAACCCUCGACUCCAGGUAGUGUUCCCGCCGAAAAAACAAGCUUUGUAUCAUCCCCGCCAGUCAUACAACCUCAGGAAGAAGUUCCGGAAAUAAACCAGAGAAACAACUUCGAAGAUAGCACAUUGGGAAGUGCAAAUCCUGAAGGCGAUAAGAAAGCAGAUUCCGAAGUUUACUUUGUAGGAGACGGUGUAAAGUUACCAUUAAAAAUGAUGCCUGGAGAUGAGGGAUCUGUCCAUCUUUCUGUUGAUAUGGAUAAGUUGUGUUCGUGUGGUAACGUUACAUGCCCUAAAAAACGUGACAUCGCAGCUGUUUUAGGAACAAUUCUUGAAAAAGAAGCUGAAUUAAAAGACGAAUUGGACACCACUUCACACCAUGGUAUAUCAGCUAAAGUAGCUAGAAGUACAGAUAAGUUAAUAAAGGAAUUAGAGAACGCUGGCUUUGAGGUCGAGCAAAGAAUCGUUAUGCUUCCAAAGGAAAAUGUAACCGUCCCGAUAUUUAAAGACAUUGAAAAAGCCGGAGAUGUAGUCACUGACAAUCCUAAAAACCAAAUAGGUAAAGUACCAUAUGAAGACAAUACCAAUGAUUAUGUAACACCUGUUAAACCAAACGGACCCAAAAUAGAGCAAGUCUCAUGGGAAGAUUUAAUGAAACAAACAAGUUCCGAAGAACAAAAGUCAGGUUUUAACAAGGACGAAAAAAAUCUUUUAAAUAUUCUUCUAGAAGCUGAAACUACCGAUGCCGCUAAAUUAAAAAAUAAAAAAAUUAUCAUUGAGCCACUACCACUUAGGAAAAUUAUGGAAGAAGUAAAAAAACAUGAUCAAAAAAAAGAAAAUAUUGAUGCUGUACCGCCCUCUACAGAAAAAAUCGUAGAAACAUCUACAGGACUACCAAGUCAGGACGUGUUGAUAGCAACUACAGAAAAGUAUAUUCCAAUAGUUACUCAAAAAGUUACCAAAACUGAAGAAAAGAAAAACCCGACUGAAAUUCCUCCAGAAUCAACUACAAUCGUUAAAAGAAUGGCAGAUUUUUCGGUCUUUGACACACAAAAAGACAAGUUGAGCGUUCCAAACGAUGUCAGUAAGUUCAGCGAAAAAUACGACGACAAACUGAAAGUCAAACCCUACAAAGUCGCGAAGCUUGAAAAAGAGUUAAACCACGUGCAGAAUGAAUUAAAAGCUGAAGUUGGAGAUUCGCUAAUGAAAACUGAAAAGUUGGUAGAAAAUGGAGCCAUUAAUGUUUUGCAAAAUCAUGAUAAAAACGUACAGAAAGAUCUUAGUUUAAUGGGUAACAUUUUAUCUUUUAUGAAGGGUUUUGCUAAUGAUACAUAGAUUAUUUAAUUGAGUAUUUUUUCAUAUUUUUUGUACUUUUGUAUAAUUGCCUAAUAAAUAUCGUUUCAUAUAAUA